AUGUGCUGUACUGUAUUACUUACUGUGCCAGUUAACCCCAAGCCGUUCUUACAAAACUUAACAGGGAAGAUGGUCAUUGUCAAGCUGAAAUGGGGCAUGGAGUACAAAGGAUAUCUUGUUUCAGUGGACUCCUACAUGAAUCUGCAGCUAAGUGGUACCGAGGAAUACAUUGAUGGGCAAUGCUCUGGGAAUUUGGGAGACAUACUGAUAAGAUGCAACAAUGUGAUGUAUCUCCGAGGUGUUCCUGAGGAGGACACGGACAUUCCAGAUGCGGCCUGA